CUCACACCUUUGAAGCCUGGGACCCUCUGUUGCAGCUUUCACGAUGUCCACAUUUGGAAGUCAUUUCCGUGUCACCACAUAUGGCGAGUCACAUUGCGCCUCCGUCGGUUGCAUCGUUGAUGGCGUGCCACCAGGCAUGAGCCUGGUGGAGCAGGAUGUCCAGACGCAGCUAAGCCGGCGAAGACCUGGCCAGUCAGCAUUGACAACUCCGCGCGACGAGAAAGACAAAGUGCAAAUCCAAUCGGGGGUAGAAAAAGGCGUGACACUAGGCACACCACUCGCAAUGCUCGUUCGCAACCAGGAUCACAGACCGAACGACUACACAGACAAGACACUCGACGCAUUCCCGCGUCCAAGUCAUGCAGACUUUACCUACCUCGAAAAGUACGGAGUCAAGGCGUCCAGCGGUGGAGGGCGCUCCAGCGCUCGUGAGACGAUUGGCCGCGUCGCUGCAGGAGCCGUAGCAGAAAAAUACCUUAAAGAAGCAUUCGGCAUCGAAAUUGUCGCAUUCGUCUCGUCGGUAGGCAAGGUGCACAUCCCACGCUUUCCCGGCGAGCGUCUUGCACCAAGCCUCACCUCGGGGUCUGGAAGCAAUACGGCCGAAGUCGCAGUCACAGCGACACAAACGGGGGUUGCGCCGUCCACGCUGGACCAUCAGAUUGUCGAUGGAUUGACCGCUGACGAGGCAGAGGAGCCGCUCAGCAAAGAGUUCCGGCAGCUCAUGGCCACCAUCACAAGAGCACAAGUCGAUCAGAACGAUAUACGCUGCCCGCACCCCGAAGCUGCAGAGCGAAUGCGCGAACGCAUCUUGCUCGCCAAAUCGCGCAACGACAGCAUUGGCGGUACUGUGACGUGUGUCAUUCGCCACGUGCCUUCCGGGCUGGGAGAACCUUGCUUUGACAAGAUGGAGGCAAAACUCGCCCAUGCUAUGCUCAGCAUACCUGCGACCAAGGCUUUCGAGUUCGGCAGCGGCUUCAGGGGGACGGAAGUACCCGGCAGCAAGCACAACGAUGCCUUCUUCCUCAGGGAUGAUGGGCACCUUGGAACUACGACUAAUUGGAGCGGGGGUGUUCAAGGCGGCAUCACCAACGGCGAAGACAUCUACUUCCGCGUCGGCUUCAAGUCUCCUGCUACGAUCUCUCAGGAUCAAUCCACCUCGCGCUACGACGGCACAACAGGAGUACUGCAGACCCGUGGACGGCACGACCCUUGCGUGGUCCCACGCGCCAUACCCAUCGUGGAAAGCAUGGCCGCUCUUGCCAUCAUUGACGCUGUUCUUGCUCAGGACGCCAGGGUACUUGCAGCGAGCAGACUGAGCCGAGAGCCUGUGUCCGCCCUACCGCAAAGCAUGCGGAUGCCGGACAAGAAGGCCGUGGAUGCGGAAAAGGAAAUUUGAGCUAUUGCCUAUGGUGGAUGCAUUUAGAAUGCGGCAAUCUCAUGUAAACUUUCUUGUUGCAACCUCAAGCCCAUGUUUGAUUCA